AUGAAGAAAGGAAUCCAUCCACAGCAGCAAUGGAUGUCGUAUGUGACUCAGAGUGGCCGAUUGAUAAACAUAAUGAUGACAAAGAUACACCAGGUUGGUAAAGUCUACCAUAUAAGGUCUCGGAAGCAGAUGGCUCAAACCGUUGGCCAGAUUGCAAAGUAUAAGCGUCGUUAUGAGCAACAGCAGACGGAACAAGCAACUGAACAAGCAACUGAAAGCAAAUAA